GUAUUUCUUCCGGGUUGGGGAAAUCAAGGGAGGGAUGAGCAGAGAUGCUGCCAGUGUUUGCUCUGCACAUCAGCAGCCAGCCGGGCUUCUAUCUCCCAGUCAGACAGACAGCGGCAGAGGCAGCACGUCCACACGGGAGAGAGACAGCAGCGCUCACGGCGCAGCAGAGGCACUGAAGACUGAACUGACACUCACAUUCCCAGCCUUCUCAAAUGGAUUUAAUUAUGUUGUAGCAAUUUUUGCGUCUGGAAGGCGUCCUUUUAGAUCAGGAAAAAGAGACGCGCAGACUGGCUGAAUUUUUAGGUGCCUGGUUCGUCUCGACCGUUCUCAGGGAGCCACUCUCCUCACAUCGUUAGCUCGCUAAGCUAGCUAGCCCGCUAACUUAGCGGCGAUACUUUGUACCGUAUCAACGUCAGUUUUCUGCCUCGGAGCUAGCCUGCGGUCUUUUGCGCCACGGCGGCAGAUUGACGUGACCCGUCACGACAGGAGCAUGUUUGAGUGACACGUAAAGGAGGAAGUGGGAUCCCUGAGGCUCCGGCCCUCUCUGCCGGUGGAGCCCCCUGCACAUCUGGCCAGAAGCCCUCGAGUCACUAGGACAGGAUGCGAAGGUUUGCCUACUGCAAGGUGGUUUUAGCCACCUCUCUGGUCUGGGUGAUGCUGGACAUGUUCAUUCUGCUCUACUUCAGCGAGUGCAACAAGUGCGAUGACAAAAAGGAGAGAGGACUGCCCGGGAGAGAUGAUGGCCUGUCCAGACCGCGGGACGGGCCUGGCGAAGGCGGGAAGCCGGUGGUGAUCCCUAAAGAGAACCAGGAGAAAAUGAAGGAAAUGUUCAAGAUCAACCAGUUCAACCUCAUGGCCUCUGAGAUGAUCGCGCUCAACCGCUCACUGCCUGAUGUUCGUCUGGAGGGGUGCAAGAACAAGCUAUACCCCGAUAAUCUUCCUCGCACCAGCGUGGUGAUCGUAUUUCACAAUGAGGCUUGGAGUACACUGCUGCGAACCGUCCACUCGGUUAUUGAUCGCUCUCCACACACACUGCUGGAGGAGAUUGUCCUGGUGGACGAUGCCAGUGAGAGAGAUUUUCUGAAACGGCCGCUGGAGCAGUACGUCAGAAAGUUAGAAGUGCCUGUCAGAGUGGUGAGGAUGGAGCAGCGGUCCGGACUCAUCCGCGCUCGCCUCAAAGGGGCUUCCAUCUCUACCGGCCAGGUCAUCACCUUCCUGGACGCUCAUUGUGAAUGCACCACAGGGUGGCUAGAGCCUCUGCUGGCCCGCAUCAAACAGGACAAGAAAACGGUGGUGUGCCCCAUCAUCGACGUCAUCAGCGACGACACGUUCGAGUACAUGGCGGGGUCCGACAUGACGUACGGAGGCUUCAACUGGAAGCUCAACUUCCGCUGGUACCCCGUGCCCCAGAGGGAGAUGGACCGCCGCAAAGGAGACCGCACGCUACCCGUCAGGACUCCCACCAUGGCGGGCGGCUUGUUCUCCAUAGACAGGGAUUAUUUUCAGGAGAUCGGCACGUAUGACGCAGGCAUGGACAUCUGGGGCGGAGAAAACCUGGAAAUCUCUUUCAGAAUCUGGCAGUGUGGAGGGACUCUGGAGAUCGUCACAUGCUCUCACGUGGGCCACGUGUUCAGAAAGGCAACGCCCUACACGUUCCCCGGAGGGACGGGGCAGAUCAUCAACAAGAACAACCGGCGCCUGGCAGAGGUCUGGAUGGAUGAGUUCAAGAACUUCUUCUACAUCAUCUCUCCUGGCGUGACCAAGGUGGACUACGGUGACAUCUCAACUCGCUCUGCUCUGAGACAAAAGCUCCAGUGUAAACCCUUCAGCUGGUAUUUGGAGAACGUCUACCCUGACUCCCAGAUCCCCCGGCACUAUUACUCGCUGGGAGAGAUCCGUAACGUGGAGACCAACCAGUGCCUGGACAACAUGGCCCGCAAGGAAAAUGAGAAGGUUGGCAUUUUCAACUGCCACGGCAUGGGAGGCAACCAGGUUUUCUCCUACACAGCCAACAAGGAGAUCCGGACAGAUGACUUGUGUUUAGACGUCUCCAAGCUGAACGGACCCGUCAUGAUGCUCAAGUGUCAUCACCUUAAAGGCAACCAGCUGUGGGAAUACGAUCCUGUGAAGCUGACUCUGGUCCACGUCAACAGCAACCAGUGCCUGGACAAGGCCAGCGAGGAGGACAGCCAGGUGCCCAGUGUCAGAGACUGCACACACUCGCGCUCCCAACAGUGGCUGCUGCGCAACGUCACACUACCCGAGGUCUUCUGACCGCACUCCGCACACUCCCAAGCGUACACUCCCACACACACACACAGCGGCCCAGAGCGAGCGGUCAGACGAGCGGGCAUGUUUUAUUCAACUUGGGCACGAGGACAGAGACUUCCCCGGAGGGGAUUCAGGAGGACGGAUGGGACGGUACUACCUCUGCCAGAGACCAGAGGACGUAGAGUCUACAAGCUUCCUCAGAGUGAACAGAGAGGACUGUAGAGACUCCCUCUAAGAGACCAUAUCUGUUGUUUUACAUUUGUUUUGUUUUGUUUUUUUAAAGAAGAGAUUUUAAGAGUGACUGGCUCUAGAACCGUGGAGUCGAGGUUCUGCACACAGCUUCCCCUCAGCUCAUCACUUAACGUUUACUGACUGCCUGCGAUCUGUGUGUGUGUGUGUGUGUGUGUGUGCGUGCACUUAUCUGUCUGUUUGACCCGAGAUGAAUGUAUGCUUUUAGAAGGGGGGGCCUGAACAUUUGAUUUUUGUUUUCCUUAAGUUCCUGUUUGUUUGUUUGUUUGUUUUUUUAUUUAAUUUUAUAACUGACAUUGAACGUGAACUCUUAUGAAGAAGGAUGCAUGUUUGACUGCGUGUGUGUGUGCGUGAGAGAGAGAGAGAGAGAGAGAUUACGUCUUGUGUGUGUGGACGUGUCAAAGCCCCUCCCUGCAGUCUUGCAGCAGUGUAUGUCCCCCUCUGGUGUUACGUCUCGGUAUCUCAUCUUACAGACUGAAGCAUCCAAGCUGAGGAUUUUCCGAGGGAGGGAACGUAAUAUGAACAAAAGAAAAAGAAAAAAAGAGAGAGAAAACUCAACUCGACGUCUGCCAACAGCAGAAAUGUAGAGAUAUAGAAAUAUGUUUGUGAUAUCUUCAGAUUUCUAUGUCCGGUUUUUACAUGCCUUGUCUGUUUCUACCGUUUCAGUAACUUUUAGUUUUAAGGAUGUUCAACGUACAGCCAAUGCUCUCGCAAAAAAAAAAAAAAAAAAUCACAUCAACAAGCUACUUUAUAUUUAUAUGAUACCUUCUGCCUACCGUAGUGUUUAACCAUCUGAAACUCUCCUACGAAACACUACAACGCCACACGCUCUCUCCAAAGGGCAGUUCGUACAGGUGCAUUGCAGUAAAUAAGAAUAUCAUCAAACAUAUUUUACUAAUUCAGUUUUAAAAACGAAACAAACUCUGUCUUACCAUGUUGAUUUAAAUCAAAUAUUACUUUUGAUACUUCAGGCUUACAGCUAAUAAAACCCCAAAGUCUCUGGAAAUUAAAAUAUUAUGUUGAACCAAAAAAAAGCAGAUUUUUGCAGCAGAACGUUUGCUUAUUGAAAAUCAUGCAUUGAUGCAGCGUAGCACGGAGGCUGCAACAGGCUGGCAGCUCUCAUCUCUCCUACGUUGGUGUUUCUCAUCCUCUUACUAACUCUCCACAGAUUGCUUUUGACCAUGUCCUGCUGGUAAAUGAAGUAAAGCUUUUCAAUGGGAAGCAUGAUGGUCUCUAAGAGACAGCUGUGCUGACUUUAGACUUGUUGUAAUGGACUAACACCAGCACAUGACAGUAGAUUCCCAAAUCACUGCUGAUUGUGGAGACUUUCCACUGGACUAUGAGCAACUUUUAUUCUCAUCACUCCGGGAACCUGAUUCCUAAAUGAAAUCCAAACUUUUAUUUAAUCUGAGAAGAGGGCACCUCAGAGAUUAUCCUCGUCUUUCUGACACUUUUUUCCUUCCACUAAACUUUCCCAUUGAUAUGCUUGGAUACAUAUCUCUGAACAGCGAGCUUGUUUGUAGUAAUGAGCUUUUGUGGCUUAUCCACAUGGAGGCUGUCAACGUCGCUCUGCUAGACAACAAUCCAGUCAGCGCUCUUCCCUGUGUUGUUGUUGUUGUUGUUGUUGUUGUUGUUGGUUUGACGUAAUAUUUACAUCUUUUGGGAAACUGAAUUUUUUUGGGGGGGUUUCAUUAGCUGAACGCCGUAAUCGUUAAAAUAAAAAGUAAGAAUCACUGUGUGUAACAAAGUUUGAGUUACUGAAAUAAAAUCGACUAUUUAUUGGUGAAUCUCGUUUGCUGAGACGCAAACGCUUUUCGCCCCAUUGACCUUUUUCAGAAAAUACACUCCGAGAACCUCUGUUCUGCCGUGGAGUGUGUUGGAUGCAUCUGUGCAGGUGUGAAUGUGCUUCUCUUCAGCUCUUCUCCCGGUUUGUCAGCUCCAUGUUUACUAGGUCAAACGUGAUUUUUGUUUUUGUUUUUGGAAGAACCCAUACAGCUGAGCGAGGAUCAGCACGUCUCGUGUCCGCGCAUUCGUUUCUGCAGCUGCCGUUAGGAUACGUCAGCAGCGUUUAUUUGGUGUUUUAGGAAAAUUAAGCGGUGAGAAGGAGCAGACAAUAUACCUGAAUUCAUAAUCAUGUCUUUAUUUUCUUUCUUUUGCAAGUUUACCGGCAGUAUUUCUACAUUGAUAUUUCAGACAACUGAACCAUAUCAUUAUCAUUUCAACCAUCAUACUGUGUUUUUUUUUUGUUGUUGUUGUUGUUGUUUUUGUUGUGUUGUCACUCCUGCUGCUGUACGUCAGAGCUGGAGUCGUUUUGUAAAGGUUUGAAACAUUUCAGCUUCCUCCAGUGGAGGAAGGGUUUACACAACAGAGAGAGAGAGAGAGAAGGCCAUCGACUGGACUUUGAUAUCUGAGCGAGUGACUGUGAUGAUGUUUUUGAUAGUGAGACCGAGGGAGUGUAUCAUUUGUUCCCAUGUCGGGGAGGGCGGGGGGCAGGGAAGAGAGAGCGGGGUUAAAAACAACUGACAUGUCCAGGCUUCCACACUGAGCUGAUCCAAAUGUAGAAAAUAAAGGUGAAAAGGUUUAC